AUGAAUAGCAUAAAAAGGAUUUGUGCUAACCAUGGGGUAAAAUGUAUACACCUUUUGAACUCCAAUCUAGUAUGCAUAUCUUUUGGUAAUAUUAUAAAAGUAAUAAAUAUAAUAAAUAAAGAUAUACUAUUAGAAUAUGCAGUUUCAAAUAGUAGUAAUAUAUAUGGAUUGAUUUAUAAAAAAUAUGAUGAAAAUAGAGGCAUAUUAAUUUGUCAUGGGGUACAUAAAAUAUAUGCCUACAAAUUAUGCAUAAGCAAUUAUAAGUGCACUUUAAAACUGCUAUCUAAGUACUGCCUAAACAAAUGGAUAUUAAACAUAAAGUUUUUAAAUUGUACUAACAAAAAAGAUUAUACCCUAAUUAUAUGCUUAAGUAAUGGAUCUGCUAUACUAUUAGACAUAUACAAACGUAUGAUCUUACAAAAAUGGAAAUUCAAUGAUAUAUUUUUAUUAUAUUGUGCCGAUAUUUAUAUAAAAAAAAAAAAAAAAGAUUAUAAAGUUAUAAUAGCGGGAGGCACACCCUUCAAUAAGGUAUUACUAUGGAGUAUAAAAAUUGAAAAAAAAUUUAAAAAAAAUGAAAAAGAAAAGAGUAUUAUUUCACUAGAUCAUUAUCAAGAAUUAAAAGGACAUAGAGGUAUCAUAUUUAAAGUGAAAUUUUUCAAAAAAUCAAAGUAUCUUGGUUCAGUAUCUGAUGAUAGAGAGGGUAUAAUUUGGUCGAAAUUAAUAAGCGAAAAAAAUAAUAGAAAAAUAAAAAGAGAAUAUAAUGAAGAACUGACAGAAAUAAAUUAUAAUAAUAAGUUUAAUCAAAAUGAGUCUACUAAUUUUUUGUUAUAUUAUAAAAUAAAUACAGUAUUAAUUGGACAUGAUGCUAGAGUAUGGAAUAUAGAAAUGUGUAAACAUAAAAACAAAAUUUAUUUUGUUACUUGUAGUGAAGAUUCAACAUGUAUUAUAUAUGAAUUAAAAAAUAAAAUAAAAUCAAAUGAUUUAAAUAAUAAAAAUGUAUGUAGACAAACUGGAAUUUCUUUCAAAUAUUCAAGCACAUGCUCAGGGUCAAUCCGAUUUAUUUUAUUUAAUCCAACUUAUAGGAUCUUACUUUCAGGAUUUGAUAAUGGUUCUGUACAUUUUAUUUCUUUUUAUAAAUUAAUAAAAAAUAAUUCAAAAAUAAAUCCUAUCACAAAUGAAGAAGGUAAUAAUGAAAAUAAAUCAGAACAAACUUCUGAACAAACCUCAAAUCUUUGUUACUAUGAUGACCAAUUUUUAAAAAAAAAAAAUAUGAUAAAUUUUUUAGAUGAAAGUUUAAAUAAAGAAUUAGAAAAAACAAAUGAUUGGGUUAGAUCUAUAAAUCAUAUAAAUAUGACUAAUAUUAUAAUUUGUACAAAUUUUGGAAAAAUAUAUAUUUUAAAAGCUAGCCAAAUAAAAAAUAGAUUAACAUUGUUACAUAAAAUAGAAGAUAAAAAUUGUUUAUUAACAUGUUUAACUUUUUAUGGAUUAAAUUAUAUUUCUCUUGGAUUUAGUAAUGGAUAUUCUUCUUUUCUAUUUUUAUCAAAUAAUAAUCUAUACAAUUCAAAUAUUAUUUUUUCAAAAUAUUUUAAAUGUUUUUCGCAUCGAGUAAGUGACAUCAAUCUAAUUCCCCUAUCUACUUUAAGUUACAACAAAAUUAUAUCAUCUAAUGAAUAUCAAAAUAUAGUGGAUAUCUUAUAUUUGAACUUAAAAAAAAGUGCAUCUAAUAACACAAAACAAGACCUCUCCAACUUUAACAAUGCAACAUCUGAUAACUCUACAUUUUACAUGGUCAUGUACAAUAAUGAAAUAGAAUCAGAUUCUGAACGACAUAAAGUGAAAAAUAUUGUCUCGAACUUUUUACUAACAACAUUUGAUCAUACAGGAAAUAUAAAAUUUUUUGGAAUACAAAAUGAAGAUGGAAAAAUAAACUUUUUUGAAAUAUCUGAAACAUUUAUAGAUGUGAAAAAUAAAAAAUCCAAAAUAAUAUCCUUUAAUUAUGCAUUAAGAGAAAAACAAACAAAAAAAGAAUCUCUAAAUAGUUUGAAUAUUAUAAUAUUUUUAGGUGAUGAGUAUGGUUGUAUUUUUAUUAUCUAUUUAAAAAUUCCUAUCCAAAUAUAUGAAAAAAAAAGAAUAUAUGAUUUUGAAAAUAUUACUAUUAAAUAUAAAGACAAGUUACGAGUACAUGGUAAUAGAAAAGUGUUUGACAUCAAAAUAAUUGAUGGAUUCAUUUAUUCUUGUGGCCAAAAUGGAAAUAUAAUAAAAUAUCAAUUAUAUAAAAAUAAAAUAUAUACAUUAUAUAAAUUAUGUUUGAUUAAAAUUCCAUAUUAUUCCUCUAUUUAUAAAUUAAUUCCAAUGUUUAUCAAUACUACAAAGGGGGAAGACUCUAACCCUCCUUAUAACACAACUUGCUCUCAAGAAGACAAUAUCCAUAAUAUGGUUGUUUGCUGCUUUAAGGAAAAAAAAUUUGUUUUAUACGAUUUAAAAAAUAAAAUUGAAUAUAUAUCAGUAGAAUGUGGAGGUUUUAGAAGGCCUUUAAGUAUUUUUAUGAGAUAUACAAAUAAUUUGAUGAAAACAUUUUCCUUUUGUUUUUGUAAAGAUAAAAAUAUAUUUUUUUAUUUUAAAGACUUGAAUCAAAAUAAAUCAAAUAUUAUACCAUACAAUCAAAUUUAUAUAAAUUCAGAUUUUCAUACUAAAAGUAUUUCUUCCAUUCUAUGGAUAAACAAAAAUUAUUUUGUUACCUGCUCAGAGGAUGGGACUAUCAAAAUUUUAUUUACCAAGCUAAUUAAACAAAGCCAAGAAUCGAAACCGUCUGUACUAGACCCUAAAAAAGAUCUUAAAAUGAAUUCUAAAAAUAAAUAUGAUCGCAAAAGUUAUUUGCGACACCGAAUUGAGGUAGUUCAAAAUGUCUACAAUCAUAAUGAGCCAAUUUUUUCUAUCUGUUUUUUAAAAAAUUCAUUUUAUAAUUUUCAAAAUCUUCGAUUUUUAGCAAGUGUUGGAGCAAAAAAUUCUAUCAACCUUUUUUAUAUUUUUAUAAAUAAUAAUAAAAUUCCAAUUAUAUAUCAUAUAGAAAAAUUAAAAGUUCCAAUUUUUUCGAGUAAUCUUCGAUUUUUAUGUGUUGAAGGAACUUAUCAAAUAUCAGAUCAAACAGAAAAUAAUUAUGUUAUUCAUUUUGAUAUAUUUAUUGGAACAUCUAUGGGUCAUAUAUUUAGAUAUAAUAAUGGUAUAUAUGAAUUUAAAAUAUAUAAAAAUAUCGUUUUUUCAAAAAUUCAAAAGCGUGCAACCUUAACAAGUUCUUACAACUUACACAGCACAAUACUCUCAAUUAGUCUAGCCAGCAUUUUUACUAAUAAAAAAAAUUCUAGCCACAAACUAAAAGAAGUACAAAGAAUAAGCCACAAACUAAAAGAAGUACAAAGAAUAAGCCACAAACUAAAAGAAGUACAAAGCAUGAACCACAAAUUAAAUGACGUGCAAAACAAUCUACAUACUGAAUCAAAUAUAGAAACAAGCAGUAACAUUCCAAGUGAUGUGACACAAAAGUUAGACCCAAAUGAGUUACACCUUCUCGUUAAAAAAAAAAAAAAAAAAAAAUGGAGUGAUAACAAAAUGCAUAAUAUAUUAGUUUCCGGACUAAAUAAUGGACAUGUUUAUAUUUAUCAUGUUGAAGAAGAUAAAAUGGAUUUACUUAAAAAAAUAAAAGUACAUCAAAAUGGAAUUAAUAAAAUAUCUAUUAAAAAAAAAAAUAAUAUUUUACAUAUUUUUACAUGUGGAGAUGAUCAAUCUAUUAAUAUACUUACUAUAAAAAUUAAAGAUAAAAUAAAAGAUUUUGAAAUUAUAAAAAAUGAAACUAGUACUAUCAAAAUUAAUCAAGACAUGACUAACAAUUCUAAUAUACAAAAACGAUUUAGAAUUUUUAUUUUACAAAAUACAAAUAUGCCAAAUUCACAUUAUUCAUCAAUUAGGUCAAUAGUAAAUUUCUCAAACUUUGUCAUAACAACAUCAUGGGAUCAGUACAUAUCCAUAUGGAAAAUGAAUAAAUGGAGCGUCAAAAAAUUAGGCAAUGAAAAUGAAAAUAAAAAUGAAGACAAAAAUAAGCAUGUUAUUGCCCUGUCUAGUUUCAAAAAAUUCAAAAUGGCGGUUUAUGACGUUUCAUGCUUAAACUAUUUAGUGGUUAAAAAAAAAAAUAUUUUAAAAAUUGAUGAAAAUAAUCAACAAAAUUACGACCGUAAAGUGUACUUAUCCGUUGCUGGCACAAAUGGAAGUAUCGAGUGUUUCUUAUUAAGUAUGGAAAAAUGA